AUGACUUCAAAGAAGCAUACAUCCAUUUAUCAUGAACCCCCAUUGCAGAUCGACGACAUCAAAACUGCCAAAUAUGAUGUUGAAAAUGAUGGCCAGCCAAUUAUGGAUGAAAACUGGCAGCGGCUCUCUAGAAGCGUUGUCAGAAAGCUAGACAUGACACUGAUCCCCAUGGUAUGGCUUUUGUACAUGUUUAAUUACCUUGAUAGAAACAACAUUGCCUCGUCGAAACUCAACAAUAUCGAGAAAGACCUGAAGCUUACUGGUGACGACUUUAACACUGCGGUCUCCGUUUUGAAUGCUGGGCUCCCAUUGUUGAUAUCUUGGUGCAGAUACAUGGUGAUGCAAAUCCCAAGUAACAUGAUAUUAACUCGAGUCCGCCCAUCCCUUUAUAUCCCCAUAUGGGUUUUAGUGUGGUCUUGCAUCUCAGCCGCAACGGCGGCCGUGCAAAACUUUGGCCAGCUGAUUGCUCUCAGGAUUCUUCUGGGAAUUGCCGAAGCGCCAUUCUUCCCUGGUGCUUAUUACCUGCUUUCAUGCUGGUAUACAAAGAAAGAACUCGGCCUCAGGAUAGCUAUCCUGUACUCUGGUCUGGUAGUUGCUACUGCUGUCUCCGGACUUAUUGCCGCAGGUGUUUUUGCUCGUCUUGAUAAUGCUCGGGGUCUUGCUGGAUGGAAGUGGCUAUAUAUCAUCGAGGGCGCCAUCUCUUUUGUUCUCGGUCUAAUCGCCAUUGUAAUACUUCCCGAUUUUCCAGAAUCAACCACAGGUAGCCAAAAAUGGCUUCUUACAGAAGAUGAGCGCAUUGUCGCCCUCGAGAGAAUCCAAGCGGACCAAAUUGCACAGGAGAGUAAUCGAUCGAUAUGGUACGGCUUGAAGCUUGCCAUUUCUGAUUAUCGCACAUGGGCCUUUGUAUUCAUGUUAAUCUGCAACCAUGCUGCAUAUGGCUUCAACUACUUCUAUCCAGCUAUCGUGAAAGGGUUUGGAUUUGGUUCCAAUACUGUAACACUACUCUGCACGGCACCGCCAUAUCUUCUUGGCGCUAUCUUGUCAUUCGUCAUUUCCUGGUCUAGUGACAGGAAGAACGAACGAGCGUUACAUAUCGCACUUCCAAUGUGCACUGCCAUCGUCGGCUUCAUCAUUUCUGUAUCAACAAUAAACGGACCAGCCCGCUACGUGGCCUCGUUUCUAUAUGUGACAGGCUGCUUUGCGGCAAAUGGAUUGGUCUAUUCCUGGGCUGCGGGUGUGCUGAGCCAGACCUCAGAGAAAAAAGCCGUGGCAACGUCGAUGAUUAAUGUCAUCGCCCAGCUGGGUAACAUCAUGAGUCCGUACUUCUUUCGGGGUAGAGAUGAGCCCCGAUACGCCCUCGCAAUGAUUCUUCUCAUUGCCUUUGCUAGUCUGAGCGCUAUCACUUGCGUGUUUCUGAAGUGGGAGCUUCGGCGGGCAAAUCGUCGCAUUGCUGAUGAAUCGGUGAAUUCACAAGUGACCCCGAGGUUCUUCACAACCUGA